UCAUAACAGAGCCGGAGCGGAUUCCCAUUCAGAAGAGCUGGAGCUGGCGCUGCAGUGCUGCCUGCCCCCCUCCCCCCGAGCCCCCGCCGCAGGCAGGGAGAGCAUCGCACCACCCCGGGCUUCCCCCGCCUGCUGCCUGCCACCGCAACCUCCCCUCGCUGCCAUCUCGCCGGAGAACCGGGGAGCCCCUCACGCUGCGGUAGAUGCUGCAGGGGUGCUGGGCUCUGCCGUGCCAGCCUCGCUUCUCGCCGCCCCUACAGCUGGGGGGCAGGAUUCCUCCCUGCCAGGCCCUGCCCACAGCUCCCUGGCCUGCCCCCCAGCUGAGACGGACAAGGCAAGAUCACGGAGCCCCUUGAGCGGUGCAGAGGAAGGACCCUGGCGCCCAACAGCUUCUCGGGGGCUCAGCCCAGGUGGUGAAGACGCGUGACGGUACGAGGGGAGCGAGGCUGGGCGCCGCGGGUCCCCAGCAAACACAGGACCCUGGGGAAGGGGGCGAGCACCGGGUGCCCAGUCUUUGCUACCCCCUCCUCUUCCUGCUGUCCCGCCUGGCGGCUGCCCUUGAAAAGAGGCAUGGUAAGCCUCCCUCGCGUGGCUCUGUCAGCCAAGGGAACGGCAGGCCGGAGUGCCUGCAGGAUGCGCUGAGAGGCAAGGAUGGGCUGAGAGUACGGCGCCAGCUCUGUCAGCAGGUGGAACUUGCUCACCGUCCCCAUCUGCCUGGCCCGGUGCAUGAGAGCUGCCUGCUCCGUGUGGUUCUUGGUGCAAUGCAACACAGAGUAACAAGCUGCGGGUCCCGGCAGCCAAGCAGCUGAGCCGUGGCGGGGGUGGGGGCCAAGGGACCUGGACUCUGCAAAGCGGCACUUGAAAAGCCCUGCCGGGCAUGGCCUGCCUGGGACGAUUCAUCCCCCCCGGAGCUUUGAUUCCCAUUGCAAGCCGUGUGAUCCGUAGCAGGGAAACGGAUGGCAAAUAGCAGGUGGAUGCAAGCAUGACUCCAGUGAUUAAUACAUCAGGCAGCAUGCCAAGCCUUGCCUGCUCACUGCACCAUCUCCUAGCAGCCACGGAUUCACAGCACCGCGGACACCAGCCGUCUGCCAGCCAGAGCUCCUUCCGCGGCACAAAUGUUUCCCAGCAGCGCGGCUCUCUAUGACUGGGACGUGACCUUCCCCUUCUGAGCUCUACAAUGUGGUUUCGCUAUGUCCUAGCGCUUCGUCAACACCUGGAGCUGCGCUGCGGGAGCUCUUGGCUCCUGGUCCUGCUGCUGCUGGGUUUUGGCGUCGCCCGGGAUGGUGGGUCCGUACUGAACUGCCCGUCAAAAUGCGUGUGUGCCAGCAACAUCAUCAGCUGCUCCAAGAUCGCCAUGACAAUCAUCCCCACUAACCUCCCCCAGUUCACGGCCCUCCUGGACCUCAGCCACAACAACCUGAGCCGCUUGCAUGCGGACUGGACCCUCCACCGCCUCUCCCACCUCCACUCCUUGCUGCUCAGCCACAACAGUCUCAAUUUCAUCUCCGUUGAGGCCUUCUCCCAUGUCCUUCACCUGAAGUACCUUGACCUCUCUUCCAACAACAUCAAGCACCUGGAGGAAAACCUCUUCAGUGAGCUGCGGGAGCUGGAGGUCCUGCUGCUUUACAACAACCAGAUCUCCCAAAUGGACCGCAGCGCUUUUGAUGAAAUGGAUAAGCUCCAAAAACUCUAUCUAAGCCAGAACCAGAUCUCCCGCUUCCCCCUGGAGCUGGUAAAAGACAGGGCCAAGCUGCCUGAGCUGAGCCUGCUGGACAUUUCCUCCAACAAAAUUAAGAGCCUGCCAAUUGGGGACCUAAAAGCCCUCCCUGCCUGGAUCAAGAAUGGCCUCUACCUUCACAGCAACCCCCUCAGCUGUGACUGCCAGCUCUAUGAGCUCUUCACACAUUGGCACGUGCGCCAGCUGAGCUCAGUGGUGGACUUCCAGGCAGACCUCACCUGUGUCUUACUCCCGUCCAAGAAAAGUGUCAGCAUCUUCAGCCUCAACAACCAGGACUUCCUCAACUGCAGUAAGUUUAAGGAGUAUGUGCUAGAGGCCUUCCUGGGGGACACUGUGACCCUCAACUGUGACACCAAGCUACGGGGGGUGACCACCAGGGAAUGGCUCACCCCAAACAAUGAGCCUGUUGCAGAAGAGGAUGACAACAGCACCAUGACGGUGCUGAGUAACGGCAGCCUGCAGAUCCGCCCCAUCCGGGUGGAGGAUAUGGGCACGUACACCUGCUAUGCGGUGAGUCAGGUCUUCAACGAGACCCUCUAUGUGGAUGUGAAAGUCCACAACUUCACCCAGCACGGGUCCCACGACACGCUGAACACAGCCUACACCACGCUGGUGGGCUGUAUUCUCAGCGUCAUCCUGGUGCUCAUCUACCUGUACCUGACCCCAUGCCGCUGCUGGUGCCGCAACAGCGAGAAGCAGGCAGCCCAGCACGAGGACAGCAUCAACUCCUCCAUGCUCAGCACCACGCCCAACCACAACGCCGAGGCUGCUGUCCCCAAGGAUGGCUUCAGUCACCACGCAGCUUCUGGAAACGCACCAGGCCAGAAUGGCAAGUUCAAACCCAGCAGCACGCCAGACCCAGAGGCCAAAGGAGCCCCGAAGGCCCAGCGGAAAAUGUCAGAUCCAGACUCUGUCAGCUCCGUCUUCUCUGACACUCCCAUUGUUGUGUAGCUGACAUGUGGAAGAAAGAGGUGGGGAGCUUGAGCUUCACAGAGCAAGGAGAGGAGGAAGAGUAGCAACCUUCUCCUGGCAGGCAGGUGGUGGGGAGGCAGAGGCUGGGUUCAGGGUGCAGUACUGGGGUAACGAGUCUGUGCAAAAGGCACGGCUACCAGGUGCAACCAGGCCACAAGGAUCCCAACACAACAAAAAUUUGCUACAGAUUUUGUUCCUGUCCGGCAAAGCCCAAAGGCAGCAGAGCCCUGUGGUCCAAGCCCUGACGGUCUCAACACGGAAUUACGAUCUUACCUUUUCUUUCUGGAAUUUGACUGCAUUCGCUCAGAAACCAAAGGUGCAGCGGAGGGGUGACACCAGUGCAUCGCAGACCCAGGAAGGAGGGAGCUGGGGGUUCCUGUCUGCUGUGUACUCUUGGAAAGCUACUGCCAUGCAGGGGGAACCCUCCCCCGUGCCCCAGGAGACAUUACAGGCAUGGGUCCACCUCUCUUGGCACUAAACCCUCCUUGUCCCUGAGGUGUGAGCCAGAGCAGCCAUGUGAAGGCUGCCUUCUGCUUCUGUAACUUGCCACUGAGCUUUGACACCUGAUGGAUGAGGCUGGAGUAUGUCAGCAAUUCACCCUCACCCUCCAGCCCAGCCACUUGCAGGGCUCCCUGCGCACAAACAGGCUCUUCCUGAGGAUUUUCAGCUUCUGCAGAACAAAAGCAGGGACCAACAGCACCUGUAGUGAUGAUGCACCAGGGACAAGACACAGCAGGGGAUGAACAACACCAGCCAGCUCCCCACUCAGCUCCCUGCUUGGCAGCUUAAUGACCAGAUUCCUAUUGGUAAUUACAAUAAUACAUCAAGGCACAAGCCGGGUUUCCGGGACAGCUUUCAGCAUUACAGAUCAGCAGCAGCCCCCUGACAGACUGUGCCAAGGCUGCUGCAAAGCCUGCAUGCUUGGGAAGCCAUGGAACUGGUAGGAACAUCUCCAGGCCCAUCUCCAGGGCCCCUCUCUAAGGGCUGAUCCAGAGGGCUGAGUGGCCUGGGUGCUCUGGGAGGACGUGGGUAAUUAGGAACUCGUAAUGGACUCUGGAGAAGGUGGCAGUCAGGGAAGGCAGGGACAGCUCCUUCUAGGCAGUUGCCUGUAGCAGUGCUUCUGCCUAGACCCAGCAGGCACAGGGUGGGGGACCCUGAGCCCUCUAGGUUCUCCAUCCCCAAGCCCCCAGCCAUGAUCCUGGCAUAUUUUCUCUCCACCCAGCUGCAGAAAGAUAACUUCCAUCAUUUACUACCUAUUCCCUCCUGUGGCCUUGGUGCCUGGGCCCUUCCCAGAGAGGGAGAGGGAGGGGAAAUAGGCCCAGAGAAGCCAUGGGAGUGGAGUAGCAUGCCAUUCCCUCCGGGUGGGAGAGAUCUUCCCAGUCCCCUUAUCUGCUGCCAGGAGAAAGGGACAGAGGCAGUCCCUAACACCAACAGUCCAGCUCCAAGACUGCUGCAGGGAGGGCAUCAGACAGCAGCUUGGGACCAACGGGCUUUCCAAGCUUGUAUCCAAUAGGAUCAGGUCUAUGCGCUGGGUGCACCUGGAGGGUUUGUGAACAGGACCAGCGCCAUGCACAGAGGAGACUAUCUCCUGUGCUCCCUGCCCCACUCAGAGAGGUGGCAGGAGAGAGCAUAGGGUCUCCCUGGUAGGGGUCAAGGACACCAAGGUACAGGAAGGUAGGGAGAAGAUGGUCCCAGAUAGUGUCCCACCCAGCUGAGAUGCUCUCCAUGCUAUUAAUGCGUUCCUGCUCUUCAAGGGAGUGGGGGGGGGUUAAUGAGUGGGAAGACUCAGCAUCCCCAGGGAAGCUGGGAUAAAGGGAAGUCCCCGCUGAGCUGUAGGGUGGCAGUGACACGGGCCCAAAGAACCAGCAGCCCCGAAGAGCAGACACCUUCAGGCUACUUCACUAUGGACCCUCUCAAGAGCUCCCCAUCAUUGGCCCAGCGGGGUGAUAACCUGAAGACUGAGCCUGCAAGGAGCCCAAGUGACUGGCUGGGACAGACAGAAGUGAGAGGCAGCAUCUCUUAAAACCCACUGGCGAGCCUGAGAACAGGGCCCCUACUCUGCGACUCAUCUACAUCUAUUUCCUGGCAUGUUAUUCUGAAGCAUGAGUCCUCCAAGAGAAGCAUGCGAUCCAGCACCCCGAGCCAUCCAGUGCCUCACCCUUGCAUCUGACCAGAACGGCACUUCACUUCAGCCUGAGCCUGAGUUCAGCAGCUCCCAAGUGAAUGGCUGGAGGUUUCCCUGAGUGGCUCCCAUGCUAGGUGCGAUGCCCAUGGUCCCAGAGGUGACCCUUCGUUCCUCCCAACCUGGCGUAGCUGGAAGGAGAAGCUGCCCACGCACUUUCCCAUGUAAGCCACAAGCCAGUGACCUCUCCAGGAGCACCGCCCAUGCUCCAUGCAGACGUCCGCACAGCGGUAGAGCAUGGGCCCAACCCUGUGAGCCUACACUGUUUGGCCCUGCCCCCACAUCCAAGGUGACUUUUGGGUUCUGCUUGUAGCUAUUAAAUGGGCAGCUGGAAAAGCAGACAACUGGGAGCUGAGGCCCUAUGAUGAGACAUGGCUCCUAAAGAGCCCAGGUGAGAACACAGCAUGCAGGAUUGCUUGUCCUGAUCCACAGGCAGGUCUGGGAGGGGCCGACUGACCUCAGGUCCUACCAACCCCUUUUUCUCAGCAUCCUGCAGGAUCACACCCCAUCUCUGGGCUCCUGUCCUGCCAUAGUCAAGUACCUGAUGUGAGCCAGGAAGGCAGCUUCCUUUCCCCAAAUCCAAGGGGCCGCAGUCUGGUCCUCCAGGCACCCUUGCAGCUUUGCUUUGUUCUGGCACCAAACAGCAAGGAGCAGUCAAGGCAUUAACCACCAUUGCCAGUCUAAGGCAGGCACUGGGGGCAAGGAGGUGACCAGAGAAGUUCAGGGAUGAGGACCCAGCCUGCUGGAAUGGGACCAUGUACAGCCAAGAGCAAGUGCAGGGGGAAGAGGGGGUUUAAGCAGGCAAUGGCACCCCAGGAGAAAGCCAGAAAGGCAGAGAGCAGAGGGGAGAUCUAUGGGGCAGGGUCUCUGGCUGCCCAGGAGACUGUGUGAGUUCAUGUGCACUGGAGGGGAGGGGUCCUGUCAUGUCCCUGCCUGUGGGAGCCCCCCCACAUCGCCUGGCCAGGGCACAGACAGCCCCUCUGCUUCAGGGCAGGUGGUCAGAUAGCUCUAAACAGCAUGUCCACUCCUCACCUCCAUCCUGUGGUCUUGCAGGCCAAGCAAAUGUUACUCUAACCCUGCACGGGACGCGCAUACUUUUAUCUAUUUCAGCCAGAGCCACCCCUACCCACGGAGCAGACAGGCUGCAUCUCCCUCUCUUUCUGGCAGCCUGUACUCUCUUGCAUAGACAUAGAUGACAAUAAACAUGUUUUAAGACUCCA